CACCGGGAGAACGAGUGUUUGUCGUUGUGACCAAGGUGUCAUUUGCGGAGCCGUUACUAAGCAACUUUCCGACUAUUGUUUUAAUAUGUAAGACAAGUUUAUCUUCUAUUUCACCCACAACUCACACUUAAUAUCGCAACCUCGACAUCAUUCAAUUCGCGUACCAAUUCCGACGUCAGACACCUACUACGACGCUCUUUGCCACAACAUGUCUUCUCCUUGGACCAGCAAGACCAAGCCCGCUGAGGCGGCCGAACCAUUUUCUCCGACGGAUGCGGUGGUUCCAGAGCAGCGCAAAUACAAUCGUCAUCCAGGACCUGAGUUUGGCAAUCGCCUCGCUAACGCCCGAAAUCUCCAUCAUACGCAUGCCCCGCCUCCUCUUCCUCGACGUCUUCUUCCUGGCCUCGGCACCCAACCUGCCAUGGGUACACCUCGUCCGGAGACGAUCUGCUUCGGCGACAUGUCACCUAUCAAUACCACGGAGCCUCCGAAAAAGGAGCCUAUCUUUACGAUGCCGGAGACCAAGGCUGCGCAGCCGCCGCCCCAUGUCCAAGAGCGCCUCAUCCUUCUCGGUCCCCUUCGCAUGAUCCGCCGACAGUGCGCUAACACGCCAGGUCUCGAUCUCCUCGUUAAGUUUAUCGACAAGCACAUGGCAGACGGAUUGCAAACUGUCAUCGAACAAGACCCGAUCAUCCCGGGUGUUGUGUACAUGGUGUCGUUACCAAUGACAGAGGAGCACUGGCAGAUGUACAAUCAGAUCCUCUCUCGCUGUGGUCAUGCGUUGGGUGUCCACGAGAUGCUCGCUACUGGCAAAGACGGGUUUGACCAUUGGUCUGGAUCCGCGAGCCCGCAUCUCACCCCAGAACAGCGGGAAGCAUAUAGGGUUCUUGUGUCUGGUGCAUCCGCUGGCUUGGAUUUGGAGGAGUUCAUGGCGGAGCUCGUCAAGGACCAGCGGUGGAUGUGGAUAAUGGCAGAUUCGGGGUACGCGGGAGAGAUGGAGCGUUGA